GUUUUUCUUUCACGUUUCUACAACUCAGCCUCUUCAUUAAUCCAUACCCAUCUGCCCAAAACCUUGGGUUGGAUAAGCAUUUUUCUACAGAACUGUAGAAUUUCGGUGCUAAGAAGAUAAGCUAAAGAUGGCGUUUGAUCUUGGGUCUUUAGCAGAGGCAACAUCAGGAGCCAUCGGAGCUCUUGUCAGCACCUCCAUUUUGUACCCUCUCGAUACUUGUAAAACCAAGUACCAAGCUGAAGUUAGAGCUCACCACCAACAAAAAUACAGGAACACUUCAGCUGUUCUGUGGGAAGCAAUAGCUAAUGGUCAAGUUCUUUCAUUGUAUCAAGGUCUUGGGACCAAAAAUCUGCAGUCUUUUAUUUCACAGUUCGUCUAUUUUUAUGGCUACAGCUUCUUUAAGAAGCUGUACUUGGAGAAGACUGGAAACAAGACUAUUGGUACUAAAGCAAACUUGAUUGUUGGUGUUGCUGCUGGGGCAUGUACUGUGAUAAUUACACAGCCCCUGGAUACAGCGGCCUCAAGAAUGCAGACAAGUGAAUUCGGCAAGUCUAAAGGACUGUGGAAGACGCUUUCCGAGAGCUCUUGGAGUGAAGCAUUUGAUGCACUCGACAUAUCUCUUCUCCUUACUACGAAUCCAUCUAUUCAGUAUACUGCAUUUGAUCAAUUGAAACAAAGGCUACUUAAUAGGCAGCUAAAGGAGAAAACUGGUACUGGUUCAUCUCCCCAGUCUCUUUCAGCCUUCUCCGCAUUUGUUCUCGGUGCAGUUGCGAAGUGUAUCGCAACAUUUGUGACUUACCCUGCGAUAAGGUGUAAGGUCACAAUUCAGGCUGCAGAUUCGGACGAUAACGAUGAAACCAAGGAAGCUGGAUCAAAAAAGAAAAAGACGGUUACAGGGGCGCUCUAUUCGAUAUGGAAAAGGGAAGGGCUGUUGGGAUUUUACAAGGGAAUAGAAGCACAGAUCUUGAAGACCGUUCUAAGCUCGGCAUUGCUUCUAAUGAUAAAGGAGAAGAUCUCGAAGACGACAUGGGUCCUAUUGCUUGCUCUUCGAAGGUAUCUUUUUACGGUCCAACCUAGAUUAAAGAGUGCUUAAUGACAACCCAAAGAAGCUAGUGAUUGAAGCCCUGUAGUUUCACUUCAAGG